ACACACACACACACAGUAAGGUGAAUUGAAUGAAUACUUUUUUCGUUUUGAAGUAUGAAUCUAAAUCAGUCAAAUCAGACUCAUCCCUUUAAUUAAAAUGAGGGAGGUCAUUUAAGAUCAAAUAAAGAGCUGAAAUAGCCUCUCACUUUUACCAAGGCGACCAGAGGGCGCUGAACCUGCGUUGAGUUUUACUUAUAGCUCCCCUGCCAAGUGUUUUUCUUAAUUAGUUAAUUGGUUGCAUCUGGUGCGUUUCACUUAAGAGGGAACCGGACGAUCCCAGAAACCAGAACGUGUGUGUCCUGUUUCACAGGUUAAAGACUUUUUGAAGUAAAGAGGAGCAUCUCAUCUGAACCUGAUGUCUAGCAUGGAUAUUUAACUGCAGUUCUGUGAGUAUCCCAACUUAACCAUGAAGAUGAACUGCAAACUGUAAGUCAUAAGUUUCUCAUUACUCUUGGGCACAUUGAUGUAUUUUGGCUUCCUGGUGAGUUAACCCGUUACCUGAAGGUUGAUCUGAAUAGUAAGGAUGUUUCAUUGGUUCAUGGGUUACUUAAGUGUUUGGUUUGGUUUAUGUUGGUUUUAAUGAUUCGUUAAAAUGGUUACAGGCUCUAAGUUAUUGUUGUAAGCUGGAGUAAUGGGUUGGGCUCUGAUAUCUUCAGUCUUCUUUCCAGCUACUUUCCUGAGCUCUGCAUCUUCAUCAAAUAAGUGUUGCUUUACUGAUGAGCGUGUGGUCUGAGUGAGCAGAGGUGCAUACUGGGAUACAGAGCUGUCUCAAGUCUACAGGUCUGUAGACACGCCCCCUCAGGGGAAACCGAGUGUUUGAGAAACCGUCGUGACGUCAGUUACUUGGACUGGAAUGUUCUUUAAGAUGGAGACAGGGAUUCAGAAGGAGAAACACCAGGGGGAGAUGAGGGGGGCUUCUCAUCUCAACGACUAAAACACAACUUCAGUCUGACACGGAGAACCAUGGAACACAUUCAACAGUCCCCUCCAGGCAUCAUGACUCAUCAGGAACAGUUUCAUUUCCAAGAAGGUCUUAUUUGGGGCCAUCCCCAUAUGGAUCCUUCUCCUCGAGAGCCACCCCCCUCCACUGGGUGGUCUUCUGAACAGAUGACCUCCUUCCUGCCCUCAGGCUGACUAAAGCUGCACCGUUUGCAUCUGUGAAGGUCCCUCAUUCAGGAAACCACUGGACUACAAAGACAUGACUUCAGAGACGUUGAAUCAACCUGAGACACAUUUUGGAGACGCCAAGCAUAAUCCAUCACCAAUGUGGGACGCCACUGAAGAAUGUUGUACAUAAUUAACGUCUCUGGAGACAUUGGUUGUUCUGUUCUGGGUGCCCUGGCAAGAGAGCUGGGGGUGGAUGAUGGAACGAUAUUUGGCAUGAGGUUUUUAGCCUGCAUGAUUGUUUGGUCUUUUAUGGCUCAGUGGUGUGUGUGUGUGUUUGGGUUUGACAUGAGAUGGAAGAUUUUUGAGCGUCGCUAGGGUUCUACUGUGUGUGUGUGUGUGUGUGUGUGUGUCUCCCACACACCUGGCAUGGGGUUCUACGCGUGUUUGGUUCCACCUGGCAUGGGGUUCUACGUGCGUGUCCUCGGUUCUAGUCUUUGACAGUGAUGAUGUUCACACGGGGGUCUGUGUGGUUGGCUUGGGAUAUUGGAAUGGUCAACUAAAUCAUACUUGACGGACGGCCACAUGUUUACUUGAGGCCUCUAGUAGACAUGAAGAGCCCAGAGCGACGCUACGGAGCGAUAUCCAACACACUGGGCAGGAAGGAGAGUAUCCAAAUCAAGUGUCAAAGGAUGCAAGCGGCGUGUUCAGAUCAGUGACUUCAAACUAGGACUACACCAAUCAGGAUCAAUGGAGGAUGGACACCUAAAGGCAUUCCACAAGGAGUCUGAAGUUGGAAAGGGACCUAAAUGGGUAUUCAAGAUGAACUUCAGACCUGUAAUGAGACUGCUCUUCCUACCUGGCUGGAUUGAUGGAGAGCCCUGUGGAUCUUGUCUUGCUCUCGGUUGCACGUCUUCUCAGGCUGUACUGGAUUUGUUUCGGACAGGACUAGAUGAAAGAUUGGUCCCCUUAAAUCAGAACCAAUCUUGGAACGCCAACUAGUGCGCACUUCGAGCUCAAGGUGUAAAGAGGAGAAUGUUUCAAAGUGUUCCAUGGUACUCUGAUGAAGACCGUUGUUGUGUUCCACUGGCUGAGAGGAAGAACCCUCGCAUCUUCCUCUUGGCCUUUCUCCUCUGAGGAUCCUGGCGCCAUCUAGAAGGAUAUUCCAGCUCAUGUAACUGAUGUCACGACAGAUUCUCAAACACUUGGUUUCUCCUGAGGGGCGUGUCUAUAGAACUGAAGACUUCAGACAGCACUGUAUCCCAGCAUGCAUCUCUGCUCACUCAGACCACACCCCCAUGAGUAGGAUGCAACACUCUAGUGAUUGAGAUGUAGAGUUUUAUAAGUAACGAGGGAGCAGACAAAGGUGAUUAGAACACAAUGGCAUGUCAAGUCUGUAAAUCUUUAAACCAUGAAGAUGGUUGGAUAGUUCAGGAAUUGGGCUUUUUUAUUAUGGGCAGUCCUUUCACUCAGAUGCCCACAUCUCACUGGACCUGUGCAUGUGUUGGCUGGCUGGCAUGAUUUGCUGUUGGUGAUGAGGCUGUUAGGGUGACGUUGCAGGGCUAUGGUCGGCUCUCUGUGAGCUCAACGUUUAGAUUUGCUCUGUAUGGUUUGUACCCUGAAUAAUCUAGAUAAUUGUUAAAUGUAGACACGGUUUUGUAUUGAAUGAUUUUAGGUUUAAAGUUGUUGUGGGACGUACAUGGUAGUUUGGUUCUUCGUACGGUUUUGAGUGAUUUAACUUGUACACACUGGGUGCAUAAUAAUGUAAAGGUACACUGAAUAGUAGUAAUUACCAACAGCAACAAACAGAUCUCCUCAAGGUAAGUCUGUUGGCUGUGUUUUAAUGAAGAUCAUCGCUGGACUUCAGGAUCUUCCUCCGUUCAGCUCAAGGUGAGGCGCUGGUUCUGUUUUUUCUUUGGUUGGUUCCGGCCGGAAUGUUCGGAUUCCGGUCGGACGGUUUGUGCUUCCCGCCGUGGAAGGUUCUGAGUGCGGUCACUUGAUUUAGUCUCAAUGGUUAGCAUAGAACGUUGUAGUCUUGGCAACCAUAAGAAACCACCUGGCAGUUAGUUGGACGGGAGUCCCCUGAGGGAAUCUGGCGGAACGCCGUUGCCAACGGAAACUUUUUUUCAGUUGUUUCCAUUGGGAAUUGUUGUCCCUUAUCUUAAACAACUUAAGUUUGAUAUUAAAUACAUACUGACACGUACGUCGUACAAUAUGUUGAUAAUUUCCGAUGGUUGCGCCGUACUUUUAACCACGUUGACGUGACGGGACUCUCGCCGCGUACAAAACGGCGUUCUACUUGCGGGCCCAUUUUUGACAUCAGUGAAGGCUGAAAAUCAUUUCAAGGUGGAAGAUAAUUUGACAUUUCUUCAACGGAACCCAGCACCUGAAUAUGGCGAGUAUAUUUGAUUUAAUAUCGAUACUGCUUAGUGUUCUUUGUUACUUCAGCUUUUGUACGUUCUAAAUAUCUGCUGUCAUUAAUUGCCACAGAAGUUAAACCCUACCCAAUGGCAUGAUGUUAAACAAUGACUUUGGUGCAGAGUUACUAACUGGUUAAUAUCAAAGCUAAAAUAAUGGCCGUCCUUCCCACGUGUUACAGUAGAAGAUACUCUAGAACUGUACAUGGUUAAAAAGGUAACAUGUAGUUUGUCCCUAGGUGUCUGCCUCCUCACCCAGAGCAAGACCUCCACCUCCUCACCCAGAGCCAGACCUCCACCUCCUGUCAGAAGUCCUCCAGAACAGUUGAAAGGAGAGGCUGAGAGGCUGGGGACCGGAGGCUUGUGGCGCCAGGAUGGACCGGAGACUGAGGCUGGAGACCAGGGGCCUGCAGCACCGGACCAGAGGACCAGGAAUCCAUGGCUGAUCGAGGGACCGUGGCUGAAGGACCGAUGGAGUCGUGCUGAAGGCCCUGCCUGGUGGAGGAGCUGGUGGAGGCCCUGCCUGGUGGAGGAGCUGGUGGAGGCCCUGCCUGGUGGAGGAGCUGAUGGAGGCCCUGCCUGGUGGAGGAGCUGGUGGAGGCCCUGCCUGGUGAAGGACGUCUGUCGUGGGACCAGGACUCUGUCUGAGGAGAGCUGCUGGAGGAGCUCAGACGCUGGAGGACGACUAGGAAUCGACCAACAAGGAUUCCUCAACGUGUUUCUGGAGCGGAGGCGAGCUGGUAGGGGAGCCGUGAAUCUGGAGGACGACAUCACUCUACCAACCUGGAUCCUCGUAAGUAUGCAUAAAAUAAACAGUGGACUUGUUAGCCCAACUACUCCUGUGUUUGACCUUUCAUAA